UCUCGAUUUAAAAAUGCUCUUGUAGAGGUUUUUAAUUUUUGGGAGUUCCCUGGUUUAUGUGAUUACGAGACCACAGGAAAUAUCAAGCUUUGUCGUGUAGAUCUCUUGGCUGGAUAUCCUGAUAUACUGACAAGAUGUCAACUCCCUUUUUAAAGUUGCUAAAUUUGCUUCAGUCAUCGACGAACCCCAAACUGAACUCUGAAGUUACAUCAGCUCUCUGACGUCUGUCCAACAUCACCAGCAGCGCCAUCACGUCAGUCCCUGUAUAUUGAUAACGAACAUUGUGCCGUUCCCGUGGUGACACUACAGAGGGACCUUGAUCGACAGGCCUCCCUCCAGAGGAACUGUGAGGGGCCGUCACGGAAAGGAACAUGUGCUAGAAGUUGAACAUCUUUCCUGAACGACUGGUCAGCUUUGACGCUAGAAGAUGAACAAUGAGGAUGAGUUCUACGACGCCGUCACAGGCCUGGAUUCUGACGAGUCGUACGAAGGGGUGUCGGAGGCCAGUUUCAAAGACGCGCUGGUGUUUGAUGGCAGCAGUCAGAAGGACAACGGAUCAGUGCCUCAGGAGAACGGCAUCAAGAAACACAGAAAGUCGUUACCUGCGCCCAUGUUUUCCAGAAACACUAUGAGUGUCUGGAGUAUCCUGAAAAAAUGCAUCGGACUGGAACUGUCCAAGAUCACGAUGCCCAUCGUCUUCAACGAGCCUCUGAGCUUCCUGCAGAGAAUCACAGAAUACAUGGAACACACUUACCUCAUCAACAGAGCCUGUUCACUGCCCGACUCUAUAGAGCGCAUGCAGGCUGUAGCUGCUUUUGCUGUGUCAGCAGUCGCGUCUCAGUGGGACAGAACUGGAAAACCCUUCAACCCUCUGCUGGGAGAGACCUAUGAACUCACCAGAGAGGAGCAGGGUUUCCGGUUGGUAUCGGAGCAGGUAUCCCAUCAUCCCCCGGUCAGUGCCUUCCAUGCAGAGAGCCUGGUCGGGGACUUUGUCUUCCACGGCUCCAUCUACCCCAAACUCAAGUUCUGGGGCAAGAGUGUCGAGGCCGAGCCCAAAGGGACCAUCACACUAGAGCUACUCAAGCACAACGAGGCGUACACAUGGAGCAACCCGUACUGCUGCGUACACAACAUCAUCCUAGGCAAACUGUGGAUAGAGCAGUACGGCACGGUGGAAAUAGUCAACCACAGCACUGGAGACAAGUGUGUGUUGAAUUUCAAGCCCUGUGGGAUGUUUGGCAAAGAGCUGCACAAAGUGGAGGGAUAUAUCCAGGACAAGAGUAAAAAGAAGCACUGUGUCAUCUACGGGAAGUGGACCGAGUGCAUGUGGAGCAUCGACCCUCAGGCGUACGAGACCCACAAGAAGUCGGAGAAGAAAGGCGACAACAAGAAGCACAAACAUGAGGAGCCGGAGGGAGCGGACAACGACGACGCAGAUGACAUGCCUGAAGUCCAGGAGACGGUGUGUGUCGUACCAGGAAGCACUCUGCUGUGGAGGAUAGACUCCAGACCGGCGCACUCUGCUACGAUGUACAACUUCACUAACUUUGCGAUGUCUCUCAACGAGCUGGAGCCCGGCAUGGAGGCCAUGUUGGCCCCCACUGACUGUCGUUUCAGGCCCGACAUCAGAGCCAUGGAGAACGGAAAGAUGGAUGAGGCCAGUAGGGAGAAGGAGAGACUGGAGGAGAAACAGAGAGCGGCCAGGAAGGAGAGAUCCAGGAAUGAAGAGGAGUGGUCCACUAGGUGGUUCCAGUCCGGCACCAACCCGUUCACCGGCCUGCAGGACUGGAUCUACACCGGUGGCUACUUCAACAGGAGCUACCAAGACCUGCCCGACAUCUACUGAGAGCCCACAAGCCUUCCUCCUCCUCCUCCUCCUCCUCCUCCUCCUCCUCCUUUGUAACCUGCAAUGAUCUGCCUAUCACCAAUUGGAGAGAAAUGUAAAGCACCCACCAACCUUUACUCCCAUCUUCAUUUCACUGCCUUCAUCGUCGUCAUCACCUUCAAACUGACCCACAGAUCGCAAAGUCUCACAAAGAAACCGUCACGUCUCUGAAACUGUGGUCUGCUCGAUGUCUUCUUCAUCCUCCUCCUCCUCACCACACUCUUCCUCUCAUCACCUUUAUUUCGUCACCUGUCGACCAGCAGACGUUUCCCACCUCUCUGCCCCCCCGACCACGUUUAGAGCACAAUAACCGGAUCCACCCCGGCGGCAGAGAGUUGGUACGAGCCCCGAAACCCACAGGUCCAAUCUGAAUGUUCAGUCUUUACAAUCACAGAGAAACCACUGAGUGACACGCGUCAUCAGUGAGUCAAAGCACCAUGAAGACAGUCAUCGCAGGGACGGAUCUAUGUACAAAGAUGGCCGCCCAGUCAACGGGAAAAUCAGGGAUGUGAAUGCUCCUUUGACUGAAGAUGGAAUUUUGAGGACGAUUUUUUCUUUUUUGGAAACUUUUAAAGAAUGAAACCCUCAAAAAAAAAAAUAUAUAAUGACAUAGUACAUAGUAAAUGAUAAAGAAACACUGUUGGUUAAAUUGGUAAAAGACAAAUCAUAUGCAAGCAUGAGCGAAUUUCUGUCCCUGUGUCAUAUCCCCAAAACAUUUAGUAACCACUGUUAACCACUGCCUUCCCAUUAACCUUCUACUUAAGGUUUACGUAUCGAAGUAAAUCAAAACACCUAACACAAGACGGAUGUUUCCUCGACAGCGAAGUGGAAUGUGCAGCUCGAAUGGGAUCCGAAACGAAACCACACGAGAUCUGAUAACGACUCCGCUGAAUGUUAGCACAACAACGGACUGUCGGCAGCGAUGAAACACUCGAAGCAGAGGACUGGAUGCAAAGUAUUCUAGAGCUUAAUGUGCAGAAACAUCCCAAGUCAAUGUGUCUUUCCAUAUUUUGAAUCAUAAAACUCGACACCAGAAAUGAGCUACAUCAACAUCACGACUCCCAGGAAACAUUUGGACUGUAGCUGCUCUGUAGCUUCAUCUUAAUGUUACACACACACACACACACACACACACACACACACACACACACACACACACACACACACACACACACACACACACACACACACACGGUGUUUUAGAUGGUCGACUGUCUGUCAGUAUUUCGCCUUUAGUUCCAGCUGAGCAGGACUCAGGUUUCCACUCAAAUGUGGGGUGGAAAUCCAAGAUGUAAGAUCUAAAGUAUAUUAGCUGGAUAAUAAAGAGAACACAGGAAUGGAUUGGACAGAUCUGACUUUCAUUUUAUCAGAUAUUGAUGUUGAUUGAUUUAGUAUGUAAGCUGAAAUAAUAUUAACAUAUUUUUAAACAUUCCUCUCAAUGGGAUGAUUUUAUUCAGAUAAAAUAAUAAAUCCAGACAUAAAUAAAAAAUCCCUUUCUAUCUGUCGCUUUGCUGAAACAGUUGUGUUGUUGUCGUCGUCGUCGUCGUCGUUGUUGUGUGGAUGCAGCUCAUUCAGACAAAACACUGCUUCAUGUUUGUCAUCAGUGUCUCCCUGUGAACAGGUUACAUCCCUCAGCUCUCCAGGUCAUCAACACUCACUCCUCACAUUACCUGCAGGCCUGUUUGCACUGGUGAAAAUGGAAAGGAAUAGCUGGAAAAGUUUAAUUUAGAAUAAUAUAAUGGACAGAGAAUGUGCCACAAAUCUAAUGAGAUGACUUUAAACCCUGUGAGAUCUUCAGAGAUAUUUAUUUUGAAUGUUACUCAAUAUUUUCAUGCAUUUCAAAAUCCAGAUGUUUAAAAGAAAUCAUGUUUUCAUCAGUGCAUUCAGGAGCUAUAACGUAUUUCAUGAUACGCUUCUAUGCAACUUUUGCAGCUCAACAUGAACAGUAUGUCUGAUCUGUCUAUCUACAAUAGCUUUACACUCCCCAACACACACACACACACACACACCCUCAGCCUCAGCUCGGAUAAUAACGACUUUGCCUUCUUAGUUAAUCUUAAAAUAUUAUAUUCCAGAUAGUUAAAACAGAUUAUGUGUUGAACUACUUGGCACUACAACCAGCCUUGUGUCACAUCUUAGAUCAAUUUCACUUUACAUUUCCAUGUCAUGUCCAUGUUUCCAUGUUUCCAUGUCAUGUUAGUGCCUGGAUUUUUUUUUUUUUUUUAGUUUCAUUCCCUUGUUUUUUUUUUUCUCUUUUUUUAUUCAUGUCUAUUAUUUAUAAUGUUUGAGGUUUUAUGAAAGAAUUCUGUUGUUGUUUUUUUUUCUCCUUUGCUUAUGUUUCUAAUUCUAAAGAGUUUUCUGUCCAAUCACGAAUCUGAAGCGUUUGAUAGAGGAGCAGAGUGUCUAGUCAGGGCUUGACGUGAACAUCAUUCACCAGCUUAACACUUAACGUUUGACUGUGGCCGUUACAUUUGUCAGAUUUACUAGCCAGGGCAGUUUGAAUAUAGACGGACUGCGAUUAAUCAUUAUUUCCUGUUAGAAAAUCUUCGCUUCUUGAAUUCACAGUUAAAAUCCAGAAUCCGGUUAUUUUUUUAUGUCCAGAUUAUCUGGGGGUUUUUCAGCGUGUCAUUAAAAGUCUAUCAUGCAAACACUACUCAAGUUGCACUGUCACGGGUCAAAUCAUCACUGCAACUGUUAUAAAUUAAUCUAAACAUUGAUAAAAAUAGUUUCACUGUAAAUGAGUUGCAUCUGGUAAAAUGUGGCUAGUAAACAUAUGGAACGGUUACAUUCAUCCGUGCUGAUUCAGACUCUACCAGUUACAAGACUAACGCUGUGUCAUUAAACUAGAUGUAGGUUUUAUGUUGCUUUGAGUGUUGGUUCUUUCUGUUGAAUUUUAACCUCCUCCUCUUUUUGACUGUAUGAUGUGGUUGUCGAUGUUAUAUAUGUGUACAAGUGUUGCACAGAGGUAAUCACAAGCAAAAUGGCAUAUUAUUUUGUGCAAUUGAUUUAUUUUUAUAGUAUUUAAGCAGUUUUUGGUGAGAAAAUUGUACCAGAUGUUUUAUUUUGAGGUGGGGGACUGUAAGGGGUCGUAUCCAUAACUGUGGACAGCUUGGUAGAUUAAUGAACGGGGGAAAUGUCUACUAAUAAAAUCCUAAUUUCA